AUGGAUUGUCAUUUUUUUGAAGAAGAGUAUUCAUCUAGUUUGAACCAAACAAAUGGAGUAUCAAGAGAAAAUGUAAGUGAGAAAGUUUAUUCAGAAGAUGAUAAAAAUACAUCAUGUUAUGUUAGCUAUUCAUCUCAUAGUGAUGAUAGUUAUUUAGAUGUUGAAUAUGAAAAUGCUCUUAAAUCUAGAGAUAUAGAAAAUAAUAUUAAUGAUGAUAAUAAAAAUAUUGAUAAUUAUAAUUUAGAUUAUUGUAACUUAAAUGAUGUUAUGAUAGAUAAAAAUAUUGAAUGUAUUAAUAAAAAAGAAUUAAAUAGUUUAAAAUUAAAAAAAAAUAUAUUAAAUGGAAGUGGAAAUUAUAAUAAUGAUAUAGUAUCAACAGAAUAUUCAGACCAUCAUACUUUAUAUAAAAAUUGUUCAGGUACUGAUGAUAAAAAUUAUAGUAAUAAUAACGAUGAUAAAAUUAGUGAUGAUAAGUGUGAUAAAUUUGUUAAUGAUAUGGAUAAUAAUUCAAAUAAUAAUUCAUCUAAUAAUGUUGAUUCUAAAAAUUGUGAGAAUCUAUCAUCUGAUAAUGAUACGUCUAAUUCUUUACAUAAGAAUAACAAUACUAAUAUUAAUGAAAAAAAAAAUGGAGAGAAGAAAUUCAUAGAAGGACAUUUUCUGAGUGUUAUUAAUAAGUUUAAAAGAAGUUUAAAAGAAAAUGUUAUUGGAAAAAAAAUAUGGAAUAAUAAUAAUUCGGAUAUUGCUACCAUAGAGUCUCAUACGUUACAAAACGAGGACAAUACCACCGACAAUAAUAAGAAUAAUAAUAAAAGUGAUAAUCAAAAUGUAAAUUUGGAUAAUAAUAAUGAUAAAAAAAAUGAUGAUAAUGAUAAUAAUAAUAAUAAUAUAUGUACAUUAAACAAUCAAACCAAUUUACUAAGUCAUAAAAUAAAUGAUCCAAACGGUCAAACACAAGUAUCCCCUAAAAAUGUAAAACAAAAAGAGAAGGAAAUAAAAAAUGAGUCCAUGAAAAAUGUAGUCAAAGAAAAAAACAAUUUCAACAGAGAAGAAAAAGAUAUAACAAAUUCUGAUGGUUAUGAUGAAAAUAGUACAGAUGAAAGUUGCCCUUAUAAUCCUAAUUUAACAAAUUCAGAAAAUUCCGAAGAAGAUUGUUAUGAACCUUCUUCAGAUGAUAAACCAAGUAAUAAUACAUCUGAUCAUAUCAAUGUAAAUGACAUUAGAAACGAUGUUCCUUCUAAUGACAAUGUUUCAAGCUUGAAUGUGAAAAAUGCAGAAAAUUGUAAUAAGGAAAAAAAGAAAAAGAAAAAAAAAAAGAAAAAAGAACUUAAUAAUGAUAAUAAAGACAAUACAUUAAAUAAUGAAAUGAUGAAUGAUAUAAAUAUGAAUAAGAAAAAUGAUGACACUUUUUUUACCAUACAAGAAUCAAAUAAAAAUUGUAAAAAUGAAAAUUUAUUAAUUUUAAUAAAUGAAGACGAAAUGAAAACCCCUAAGUUUAAUAUACCCAAAAUAGAAAUAAUAAAAGAUGAGGAACCUAAUAAAUUUUUUGAUAAUAAUGCUUUGAAAAAUAAAAAUACAAAUGAUAAUGAUAAAGAUGAUAUUGAUUUUAUUAAAAUGAUCAAGGAUAAAAUGAAAAAAAGUAUAUAUAAUAAUAAGGAUAAUAAAUGUAUUUCAAAAAAAAGCAAUAUCAACAAAAUAGAGAACAACAUUAAUAGUAAUGAUAAUAAUGAUAUUAAUAUUUUUAGUAAUUUGUCAGAACAAAAUAUCUUAAGAAAAAAAAGUAAUGUUUGUGGUGAGUCUUAUGAAGAAAAAAAAGAUGCGAAUAAUACAAUACAUACAACAAAAUGUACAAAAAAAAAAAAAAAUAUAAUGAAUUUAAAUAAUUCUAGUAACAAAAAUAGUAAUUUUUUAUCUCAAGAUACUCUUGAUGGUAUUAAUAAAAAAUAUAAUGUAUUAAGUGAUGAAAAUUUGUUAAAAUUAAUAGCUGAUUGUUCAAAAAACAAAAAUGGAGAGUUUCCUAGUAUGGAUGAUAAGAUUAUUGAGGAUUUUAUAAAUAUGAAAAAAAAUAGUAUACAAAAUGAAAUAAAAAAACAUAUUAUAUAUAUAUGUGGUAAUUGUAGAUUACAAAUGAAAUUAUCUAAGAGUCCUUAUUUAUGUUUUGAAUGUUUUAUUAACGAAAUGAAUGCACGUACAGGUAAAACUGUACGUAUGGCUGAUGGAACUGAUUUUAAUAUUAAAGAUGUAAAUGUUAUAAAUUCAUACAUUUCUAAAUUUUUUCUUGAAGUAGAUAAAUUAAAAACUAAAUUUGAAAUGGAUGAUGAAGAAAUAACUUUAAUGUUUAGUGAAAUGAGAAAAAGUACCUUAUGGAAUUCAACAAAAAAUAUGUGUAAAUUAUUUUAUGAUAUUUUUCAAAAUGAUAAUAUAGCUGAUAAUAAUAGUAUAUUUUCAUCAAAUAAUAAAACAAUAAUAAAUAUGCUUAACCAGAAUUUUGAUAUAAAUAAAGAAGAAUAUAAUCAAAAUGAUGAUGAAAAAAAAUUAAUUAAUAAUAUAAUUAAUAAUGAAACAUUAUCCAUUGAUUAUAAAAAUGAAUUAUUAAAAUUUUAUAAUUUUACAAAGAAGAAAAACAAACCUAAAACAAAUAUGCAAAUAAAAAAAAUAUACCUUAAGUCUAAAUCGAAAAAAAUGAAAUAUUAUAUGAAUUUGAGAAAAAAAAAAUAUGGUGUUCAUAAAGGUAUAUAUAAAUUAAGAAAUUUUUGUAAAUCUACAUGUAGAAUAAAUAGUUGUAAUUAUUGUAGUUGUAUAUUUGAUAAUACCAAAUAUAGAUUUAUACUUAUAAGUAAAAUGAAAAAAACUAAAAAACUGGUAUAUGAAAAACGUAUAAAAAAUAGUGCCCUUUUAGUAGAAAAAAUGCAUGAUAUUAAGGAAAUUAAAAUAAAACAAAAAGAUACAUUUAUUAAUGAUGAUCAGAAAAACUCUAAAGAUUUGCCCCAAUCAUUUAAUUUAGGAAAUACCAAUAAUUCAAAUAAAGAAAAACCAAAUGUGAAUAAAAAAGGCAAUGUACCAAUAAUAAGUGCAAUUGAUAGUUUUGAUGAAAAUGCAAAUAAGGAAUAUAAUAAUAAUAAUGAUAAAAAUGAUGAUAAAAAAAAUAAUAAAGAUGAUAAAAAAGAUAAUAAUAAUGAUAAUAAUAAUAAUAAUAAUAAAGAUAAUAAUAAUAAUAAUAAUAAUGAUAAAAAACAGAAUGAAGAUAGUACAGAAAGUGAUGAUGAGAGUUCUUUAAUUGAUGAUAAUUAUAUUGAAGAUGAUAGUUAUGAUAGUGAUAGUGAAAGUGAUUCAUUAGAUUUUGAUACAUCAUUCAAUAGUGAAAAUUAUUAUGAUGAUAAUAAUUUUCUAUAUAAGAGUGAUAACGAUAAUACUAUUAAUGAUAUAAAGAAUGAUAAAAAUGCAUAUAUUGCAUUAGAUAUAUUUAUGAAAGAUUUUGAUAAAAUAAAUAAGAACAAAGAAGAAUUAAAUAAUAUAUUACCUAUAAAAAAAUCACUAGAAAGUUAUGUAUUACCAAAUAUAAUAACACAAAAAGUAUUACCUCCAGUUAUUUUACCAUUAAAUAAACAAUUGACAAAUUUAUUUUAUGAAUUGAGAUGUCGAGAUUUUUUUCAUAUUGAUAAGAUUGAUUAUUAUAAAUUAUUUACAAUGCAGAAAAGUAUAUCAAAUAUAUAUAUGAAGAAAUGUUUAAUGAAUAAUGAAGAUAUGUCUUUUAAUUCUAUAACAAAUGGAAUAGAAACAUAUAAUUAUACAAAUGAAAAUAUAGUAAUAAAUCAUAAGAAUAACAAUGGAAGAAUAGAAUUAUAUAUACCUAAUUUUUGGAGAAGUAUUAAAAGUGUAAAUGAAAUAAAAUCUCUUACAGGAAAUUAUUAUGAUUUUUAUUACAAAGUAUUAGUACAUCCAAGAGGAAAUUCAAAUGAUGAUAAUUAUAUGUCUGCAUAUUUAGAAGUUAUUAAACAAGAUUUUUAUCCAUCCGAAUGGGUAUUUCCAAAUGUACAUUUUCAAUUAACAGUUCAUAAUUUUAAAAAUAGAAAGAAUUCUAUAUCAUCUGCAUCAUGUUGGUCUUUUACAAAUAAUUCUUUAUCUAGAGGAUGGCAAAAAAUGAUAAGUCAUUCUAAAAUAAAUAAAGUUUCAGGAUUUUUAGAUGAAUCAGGUGGUUUAUUAAUUAAAGGAAAAGUAGAAAUAACAUUUAAACAAUUAUGGUCAAAAAGUGUUCAAUAUAGUCCUAAAUAUAUAUGGAGUUAUAUGCCUGAAAAAUUAUAUGCUCAUUUUAAUCAAGAAGAUCCUCUACUUAAAUUUUUAUUCAAAAAAUCGCAUUUUAAAAACAUUUUAUGUAAAAAUGAGAAACAUAAUAAUUACAAUAGUAGAGUUAAUGAUUUGAAAAAAAAUGAUAAUAAGAGAAACAACAAUUAUUAUAUAAACAAAAGUAGUAAUUAUGAUAAAAAUAAAACUAUUGAUAGGAUGAAGAAGAUUAAUUUUUAUAAAAUGAAUUAUUUAUAUAAUAGAUAUACAUUAGAUAUAUAUAACUAUUCUUUAUAUUGGUCUCCACAACUUGUUAAGAGUUAUUUUAGUAAUGUAGAUCAUAAGAAAAAGUUUAAAAGGUCUUUAGCUAAUAAUACAAAUGAUGUUAUAAAAAAUGAUAUAAAUAAGGAAGAAAAGGUAUUAGAUAUUAUUAGUGAAUCUUAUAGCAAUAUGCAUGUAUAUGACAUGUUGGUUAAAAGGAAGAAUUUAAAUGAAUUGAGAAAAUUGUCCAAAGGGGGUAAUAAUCUAGAAAAGGACCAAAAAGGAGAAGAAGAGUUAAACGAAGAAGUAAAAGAUGGGAACAAUAAUAAUAAUAAUAAUAAUAAUAAUAAUAAUAAUAAUAAUAAUAAUAAUAAUAAUAAUAAUAAUAAUAAUAAUAAUAAUAAUAAUAAUAAUAAUGGUGAAAAUGAAAACGAAGCAGAUGAUAAUGGAGUGAGCGCCACCGAUUAUCUAACCCUAGAUAAUAGAAAACAUGUGUUAACAUUAACAAAUUAUAUAGUUCCUAUUGUAGAAUCAUUUCAUGAUAAUGACAAUUUAACAAUCUUAGUAAAUACAUUAUACAAUAUUGAUCUUUUUAAAAUUAUAGUUUUGAAAUAUAAUGGUAAUUUAUAUAAUAGGAUAUUAAUGAAAUAUAUUAAAAAAAAGAGAAAAGAAAAAAAGUAUAAAUUAGAAUAUGUUAUGAAAAAAUAUGGUAUAGAAAAACAUUAUACAAAAAAUGAAGUAAUACAAAAGAUAAAAGAAUAUAAUGAAAAUAAAAUUGAUAAUUAUGAUGAUUGUAUAAAUUGGAAAAAUAAAAUUAUAGAAAAAUUACAAUUAAUAAGUAAAAAAAUUAAAUAUUUAUUUACAUAUAUGAAUGAUAAAAUUAAUAAUAUGAAUAAUAUCAAUCAUAAAUCAUAUUUCCAAUUAUGUAACUUAAAUGAAAUUCCAAUUAUACAAUUUUUAAAUGUUAUUGAUAUACAAAAAGAAGCAAUUAUUAUAAAUGGUAUAACAAGUAUUAAUAAUUAUAUUAAUUAUUUAAAUGUUUGGGUUCAAAAUGUUAAUGUUAGUAUAAAUUAUGUAACAAACUGUGGAUAUAAUUUUAAUUAUUUAUGUAACCUAAAUAAAGUGAAAAUGAAUAUUAAUGAUUUAAAUAAUGAUAUUGUUGAUGUUAAUAAUAGUAUACAUAAUAUUGAGAAGGAUGAUUUAUUUAAGUCAUUAAGUUAUCCAAAGGACAGUUCGACCACUUUUGAAGGUAUUCAUAAGAAUAUGUCAGAUAAAGAAACAAGUUCAAUGCAAAACAACAACAAAGAAAAAUACAAUAACAACACGAAAAAUGACAACAACAAUAUCAACAAUGACAACAAUAAUAAUAAUAAUAAUAAUGAUGAUGGUGGUAAUUAUUGUGUUGGAGAUUAUUUAGAAUUUUUGGAAUACGACUUUAUUGACAAUCCAGAUGAAUUGAAAAGAAUUCCUUAUAGAUAUUCUAGCGAUUUCAAAUCAUUCCAUAUGUUUGAAUAUUUUAGAAAAAACAAUAAUAACGUUAUAGUUGCUUUACAAAGAAUCUUUAUUUGCAUGCAGUUAUAUUCAUUAGUUCUUUGUGCAAAAAAAAAAAAAGAUCAUUUUGAAAAUUUUACAUCAGAUAUUAAUUUAAAUGAACUCUAUUAUAAUGAAAAGGAUAAUUUCCAUAAUAAUAUGAAUAAAUUUAAAGGGAAGAAUAAUAAAUAUAAUAAUCAAAAAAAUUAUGAUUGUGGUGUAAGAAAUUCUAAUUCAUCCUCCAUGUCAACAGCUGUUGAAACAUUAACAGCUAAUGGAAUUAAAGAACGUAAAGAUGAUGAUUUAAAUAAAUCAAGUUUAAGUAAAAAAAAAUGUCAUGAUAAAGAUAAUAAUGAUCAACCGCAUUAUGUUAGUACUAUUAGUUCAAAUAGUGAUGAUGAUAAUAAUAAUAAUAUGGAUGAUUAUUCUUAUGAAAGGAAAAGUAUUUUUGGAGAUUAUGAUAAUUAUGAUAAUUAUUAUGAUGAUGAUGAUGAUGAUAGUUAUUUGGAUAAUUUUUCUGAUACAGGUAGAAAAAAAAAUGAUCCUUCUUAUAAAUAUGACAUAGAAAAUAAUGAAGAAAUAAAAUUUUAUAAAGAUUUAGAAUUACGUAAAAAGAAUUGUUUAUAUUAUUAUAGAAAUGCCUUGUUCUAUAAUAGUUCAUCUAUGAUGCCUUGUGAAGAAAGCAAAAAUUUUAGUAUCCCUUUAAAAGGUAUAGAUAAUAAUGGUGUGAACCCUGAACAUUUUGUUAAUGGUACAGAAAAUAUGUGUUCUAUUUUAAAUAUGUUUAGUAAAAAUGAUAAUUAUAUGAAUUUAUUUAAACCAUUAAUUCCAAAUAUUAAGAUUUUAUUAUUUAGUUUAAAUAAAAUUUUAUUUAAUAAACAUAGAUGUAAUGAACCCAUUAGAAAAAUACAUGAAGAGCUGUUUAAAAGAAUCGUAUGUGAUGUAGCAAGGGAUAAAAUUAAAUUGAAUAGAAAAAUUAAGAAACUGAGGAAACAGAAUAAUAAAGGUGAUAUUAUUAAUGAUCUAAUUAAUGAUUUAAAGGAAUUACGUUUUUUUGAAAAAAUAUGUUAUGAGUUGUUUAAAUUAAAAAGUAAAAAUUAUAGUGAUGAUGAAGAUAGUAUUAAUAGGAUGGAAGAAAGUGAGUAUAGUGAAAAUUCUAAUGAUUUAAGUUAUGAUGAAUUUGAUUCUAAAAUAUCAAAAUAUCCAACAAAAGUAGGAAAUGAAGGGAAAAAAUCAAAAGAUAAUAUUAAUAAUAAUAAUAAUAAUAAUAAUAGUAGUAGUAUGAUAGGUGGUGAUGAUAAUAGAGUGAAUAAAAAUGAAGAAGGUAACGAACAAAAUGAAAAUGGACCAAUUAAGGAUGGUAAGGAAAAGAAAUUAAAGGAUUGUAUUCAGAAGGAAGAUAUACGAAAUGAUGAAAAUGAAUCUUAUGAAUUUUACAAUGAUCAAGGUACCGAGAAUUUAGAUGAUAUGAAUUCAGAUGAAUAUAUGAAUAAUAAUAAUAUAAAACGUUUAGAUGAUUCAUAUAAUAAAUUAAUGAAAAAUAAAAAUAUUAAUUCAUUAAUAUAUAAUUUAGUAAGUAAAUUAAAAAUGGAUUUUUAUAAAAAUUAUAUUAUAUGCGAUAAGGAUAUUUAUAAAACUAUUGGAAGAUUAUGUUUUAGUGAAAUACCAUAUGUAUUAUUUUUAUAUAUGGAUUGUUAUAAGAGUCUAGGAAGAGGUGAUUUGGUUGAUAUACCUUUAUAUUUAGAUGUUUUUGAAGAGAAUGAAGAAAUGGAAGAUGAUAGUAAAGGUGAGAAAAAUAUAGUAUAUUCUAUAAGAAGAAAUAAUAUGAGAAAUAAAGGAGAUGGUUCAUCUAAAGAAAAAAUUACUUAUCAUUUAUAUGCUCUAGUUAUAUCACAAAAUAGGAAUCCAAAUAAUAAUUUAUUUAUUCCUAGUUACAAUAAAGUGAAUGAUAUGGAAUUUAAUAUAGGAAAUGAUUGUAAUUUGAAUUCAUCAUCUUAUUUAAUUUUAAAACCACAAAUAAAUGGACCAUGGUAUCAAAUAUAUAAAAAUAGAAUAACACAAUUAAAACAAGCUACAGACUUUAAUGAAUGGAAAUGUCAUAGAGAUUUUUAUUGUUCAUGUUGUAUAUAUGUUAGUGAUAAUUAUUUUGAAAUGCAGAACCAUUUCUUUUUGCAACAAUUUAAUAUUAAAGAUAUUAAUUUUCCUUUAUAUGUACAUACAUUAAAAGAAUUUGAAAUAGAGGAAGAAGAUAUUUUUGAAUUUGAUAGAAAAAAUAAGGAUCUUGAUAUUUAUUCAUCAUCUGUAAAUAAUAUUUUAGAAGAAAAUUAUGUUGAUGAAUUAAUAUAUGAGUUGAGAAAAAAUUCAUUAGAUAAAUCAGAAAAAAAAUUAAAUGAACAAAACGAAGAAAAGGAGGUGAAUAGUGUUCCUAAUACUAGUGAUGAUAAAAUUAUUUCAUAUAAUGAAGAAGAAAAAGAUAAUUCAUAUUUUAAGAGAGUUUUUGGAAAAAAUAAUUUUUAUAAACUAUAUGAUAUAAAUGAAAAAUAUAAUUCAAAAUAUUAUUUAAGUAGUAAAACCAGAAUGUUAAAUAAAAAAAAAAAAAAAUAUAAUAAUAAUAAUAAUAAUAAUAACAAUAAUAGUAGUAGUAGUAGGACGAAAAAAAACCAUUUUCUUAUGAAUAAAAAAGAAGGAACUUUUCCAUAUAUUAAAACUGAAAAUGAUAUAAUUUAUAAUUGUUUACAAGCUCAUCAUCGAUUAAUGAUAAAUGUUAAAGAGGAAUUAUUUGAUGAUAUAAUAAAAGUAAAUGAUAAUAACAAUAUAUGUUAUAAUUUUAAUAAUCAUUAUAAAUCUUCUGUGUGUAUUGUUUUAAAUAGUCAUAAUACAUUAAGAGAGAAGAGAAGACAUUUUUUUGAUUUAAAAAAUAUAAUUAAGAAUUAUGAAAAAUUUGAUAUGAACAAUUUAAAUCUAUAUAAUAGUAAUAUUAAAUUAAUGCAAUUUAGUGAUAACUUUUUAACAGGAUUAAUUAUAACCAAAAACAUGCCAUUAUUUCAUAGUAAUAUAACAUUAAAGAAUUUCAUUAAUGUAAGAAAUAAUUAUAUAAUCGAUAGUGGCAAUGAAAAGAAAGAGUUAGUUCAUAAUAUUAUAGAAGAUAAUAAUAAUAAUAAUAAUAAUAAUGAUGUAGAGGGAAAUAUAAAUGAGGUUUAUUCUAAGAAGGAAUUAAAGGGAGUAAUAAGUUCCAAUGAAACCAAUGAUACAAAUAAUACACAUCAUACAAAUGAAAUGAAAGAUGAAAAAUGUUUGAAUGAAAUAGAAAAUUAUGAACAAAUUGAUAAUAUUAACACACUAAAUACAAAUGACAAAAAACUAGAUGUGGUCGAUAAUCUAUCUGAAACGAAUGAUUUGAAUUUAAAAAGAAAAAAUGGUGAUAUAAAUAAAUGUAUGGAAAAAGUAAAUGGAUGUGGAAAAGGACGUUUAAAUGUUAUGAACAAUAAUAUUCAGAAAUAUAAAAAUAAAUACAAUACAAAGAAAGAAUGUCGAAAUGUGAAUCUACCAAAUUGUAAUACAAAUAAUAUUAUAAUAAAUCGAAAUGAUAUGAAUUAUGUAAAAUAUGUUAUACAACUUGGAAAUUUCUUAAAAGGCAUGAAUUUGAAUAAUAAAUUUUUUUUUAAUAAGAAUGUAAAAGAUCCAUUAAGAGAUCCAUUUCAUUUAGAAAUGAAUAAUGUAUUUUAUAACUUUUUUGAAGUAAAAAUGAAUAUUAAUAAUAUUAAGAAGAAUUAUAUGAAUAAUAAAGAAAAGUGUGAUUUGCAUAGUUAUUAUAUAAAAACUUGUUUAAAUACAUUUAAAAGUUUUUUCCAUGAAUAUUUCUAUUUAAGUUUUAUUAAUAAAAUGGAAAUAAGGAAAAAGAAAAAGAAGGCUUUUAAAAAUUUUUGUAUUGCAUUAUCAGAUAUAUUUUUCACUAACUUAAGUUUUAAUUCAGAAGAAGAUGAUGAUAAUUUUGAACACUUACAAGGAGGUAUAGCUAUAUAUGAAUUUUAUGAAAAGAGAUUUAAAAAAUUAAAAUUAAUAUUAAAGAAAAUAUUUAUGUAUUUAAAUCUUAUAUGUAUGAUUAUAAAAUAUAUAAAAUUGAAAAAAUGGAUUUUUAAUGAAAGUUUUGAUAUGCAUACGUGCAAAAUGCAUGAUACCUUUUUUUUUAAUUUUUUAUAUUUUUUUUAUAAUAAAUAUUCCAAAAAUUGUAAAAAUAAUUAUAUAAAGAAAUUAUGUCAAAAAUCUGCAGUAAAAAAAAAACAAAUUAUAAAUGGCAUUAAAAAUAAUAUGAAUACAGUUAAAGAUGAAGAUUUUUAUUUCCUCGAAUUUUAUGAUAAGUUGUUUAUAAAACGUGAACCACUUAUGCAAGAACAUUUAUCAAAUAAACUCGAUAAAUUAUUAACAUAUUGUACAUGUAUCAUAUCAACGAAUGAAACACAAAUAAUAAAUCCAAAAAUAUACAAAAAAAAAAAAGCAAUAUUUUUUGAAAGAACACAACAUAAUAUUGAUUGUGUUUUUAGAUAUUUUUCUUCAUCUCUGCACGAUGAUAUUUUAUAUUUAAAUAAAAAAAGAAAUGAAUUUAAUGAAGGAAAAAAACUUAACGAACAAGAUAAAAUUACAUUAGAAAAAGAAGACCAAAUAUAUUCUAUACAUGGAAAUAAUAUGAAUAAUCAAGACCGUUUGUAUUUAUAUAUUGAAGAAAAUUUUAAUUCCAUAGAAGAAACUAAUCCCAAAAGAAUGGAAUAUUUUUUAUUAAAUUUAUUAAAAAAUAAUGAGAAAAAAAGAAAAACAUGCAUUUUAUGUUAUUGCGUGCGAAGAUAUUAUAUGAAGUUUUUAUAUAAGUUAGAAAAAAAAUUAACACAUGAUUUUAUUGAAAAACAAAUCAAUUUUAUAUUUGAUAAUAAUUAUGCAGAAAUCACCAAAUUAUAUAGCAGAACAAAACAUAAUAUAUUAGAUCCAAAUUGUAAUUGUUCUAGUUUAUUUAAUUAUAUAAAUAUUGAUACUGUAGAAGCAUGCAUAAUAUAUUUACUUCAAACAAUGUGGAAAUUUUAUAUUUGUUAUAUUUUAUCAAUACCAAAUGAAUUAGAACAAUAUUAUGAAAAUGUAGCUAAAAAACAUAAGAGAAAAAAAUAUAAAAAUUCAAAGGAUGAAAAGGGUUGGAAUUUUAUUAAAUUUUUAAAAGAAGAAAAAACAAAUAAUCUAAUUAAUAAAUAUAUAUCAUUUAAUGAAGAUAGUGAUGUGAUAUCUACUAAUGAUGAAGAAAAUAUAGACGUUACAGAUGAAUCAGAAUCUGAUGACGAUAAGAAAUAUUCAAAAAAAAAACAAAGCAAUUUGUUAUUAUCAAAUUUUGAUUUUAUAGAUAUGUCAUACAUAGAAAAAUUAACAUCAGGUAACUGUAGUUCACCUAAAAAUUUUAAGAUAAGUAGUAGUAAUAAAGAAAGUAGCCAUAUGAAUAAUACAAAUAAUAGUAAUAAUAAUAAUAGUAAUAAUAAUAAUAGUCAUAAUAAUAAUAGUAAUAAUAAUAAUAAUAAUUAUUUUUAUUGUAAUUGUGCAGAUGAAUUGAAUAUGAAAAAAGGGAAAAUUUUAGAUACAAACAAAAAUGUAGAAUCCAAUAGCGAAUCAAAUAAAAAUCAAAAUAUUGAAUCAAAUAUGGAAUCCAUUACACCAAAUCGAAAUGUCGAAGAAAAUAAAGAUAAUGAAAAAGAAUGUAAUAAUAAUCCAUAUUAUAAAAUUAAUUUAAAUAUUUUAAAAGAAGAUGACUUAUUUUAUAAAUACACAAAUGAACAUUUAGGAAAUGCAACUGCUGUAUUAAAUAUCUUACAAAAGAAAUUAGAAAAUGAAGAAUUAAAAAAACUAAUGAAAUUAUUUCAUUUUAGAGGUUUUACAGAAAAAGUACCAAUUGAAGAAUGUUCAAAGAAAAAAACUAUAAAGAAUAAAAAUGUUCAUAAAAAUAAAGAUAAUAUAAUAGUAGCAUCACUUAGAGAGAAGAAUAUAAAAACUGAUUUAACAGAUGGAAAAAAAAAAAAAGAAGAUAAUGAAAAUAAUAAUAAGAAUAAGAAUAACAUAAUUCAUAAAAGCAUUACUAAUAAUUUAUUAAAAGAUAAUAUUCACAAUAUUACACCGAAUGAUUUAAAAAAUAUUCUUUCUAAAGAUAAUUUAAGGAAUGAAAAUCCAUCAGAUAUUUUAGAAAAUAAUUUAGAAAGUGUAUUGAAUGGAACACAUGUCGAUCAGAAGUUUAUAUCGAAUUUUUAUGCUAAUUUAAAAAUAUUUAAAGAUUGUUUAGAUAAAAAUGAAUUAACAAAAAGUAAUAACACUAAAGAUAAUAAUAAUAAUAUUAUUAAUAAUAAUAAUAAUAAUAUGGGGCAAGAAAAUGUAUUUGCUUCAACUAUUCAUAAAGUGAAUGAAACCAUGAAAAAAUAUAAUAUUAAUAAUAUAAAUGAAAUAAAAAGUAUCUUAAUAAGAAAUGGAUAUGAUAUACGUAAAUCUUAUAACGGUAUAGAUUUAAUUUUCUUAUUUUUAUCCAAAAUAAAAGGUGCUAAUGUGAAUUUUAUAAAUGGAAAUAAUUUUGAAAGUAAUAAAAAUAUUUAUGAGAUAUUAUUAAGUAAUUUCAAAUUUUUAAAUUAUGAAAAGAUUGAAAAGGAAUAUUAUAGUUUAGAUUAUAUAUUAGGAAACUUUGAAUUUAUAGAUGAAAAUUAUAUAGAAGAGAGAUAUGCAACGUUUUUUGAUUAUAUGGAUGUUAUGUUUACAACACAAAAUAUGAUAGACGAUUCGGAUAUAAUAACACAAGAUAUAUUUAAUCCAUUUAUUGAUAUUAUGAAUAACUUAUUUUGUUAUGGUAUUGGAUUGAUAGAUAAUAAUAAUAAUAAUAAAAUCAGUAGUAAUAAUAUCAACAGCAAUAACAACAAUAACAAAAAUAAUAACAAAAAUAAUAACAAAAAUAAUAACAAAAGUAAUAACAAAAAUAAUAACAACAAUAAUAACAACAAUAAUAACAACAAUAAUAACAAUAAUAAUAAUGUUAAUAAAGAAAUAAUAAAACUGAAUAGUUUAUAUACCUUUUUAGAUAAUUUACACAAAUGUGUAGGUUCCUUAUUAAUUAUAGACAAAAAUUAUGAAUGCAAGAAAGAAUUAUUUUCAUUUAUACAAUAUAAUAGUUUCUUUUGGUAUAUAUUAUAUAAACAAUAUAAUAUGUUUUUAACAUAUUAUGAUAUGUGUAAUCAUUGUAAUUUCUUUAAUAUAUUCUUAUUUCAUUUUUUUAAUUAUACCUUUAAUUUUCCUAUGGAUAAUUUUUUCCAAAUAGAUAAUAAAUUAUCAUUUGAAAAAGAACAGAUUGUUAAUCAUUUAUUUACCAAGUUUCCAUUUUUAAAAGAAGAAGAAAAAUCUUUAUUUCAUGUUAUUAUGAGAUUUUUAUUACAAGAAAAAAAUCAUUUUUAUAAUUAUUAUUAUAGUAAUGAAUUAUCACUUUUUAUUUUCAAUGCUAUUAUGUCUUUGAAUAAUUUUUAUUUAAAUAUGAAGGAACCUAAUAUAUUUUCCAAGGAAUAUACUAAAUUGCAUGAUUAUAAUUUUGCUUCAUACAUGAAUAAAGAAGAUGAUAUAGAACAACACCCUUUGAUAAAUAAUAAGUGCAAAUGUAACGAGACUAGUAAUAAUAUUUAUAGUGUUUGUAAAAAUAGUAAUAAUAAUGAAGAGUUUACAACAAAUCAUAAAAGUAGUGGUGGUGAUAGUCAUCAUUUUGAUAAUUUUAUAUUAAAUAAAGAAAAUAUUUUAGAUAUAUUAGAAAAAAAGAAUGAAAAAGAAUUAUAUGAAAUAGGAAAUGUAUUUAAUUUUCAUUUAAAAAAUGAAUCAAUAUAUUUUAAAAAAACAAUAAAUAUGUUAGAUUUUGUUAUGAAUGAUUAUAAAAAGGAGAAUUUUGUAAAUUAUAGUAACUCAGAUAUUAAUAAUAAAAUCUUUUAUGUAGCUUAUAAUUAUCCAAUUAUUAAUAUUAAUAAUAAAAAUAAUGAUUUGUUUAGUAUUUAUUUAAGAACUAUAUAUAAAUGUAAUGAAUAUUUUAGGAAUUUAAAUCAUGUAUUUUUUAUAUAUAGUAAUUAUUUUUAUAAUUUUCAUAAUUUAUUUUUAUUUUUUAAUAAGGAUAAUGAUUUAUUUAAUUCAUUAUUUAAAUUACGUUUCAAAAUCGAUCAAGCUAAACAAAUGGAUAACUUCUAUUAUGAUAUAAAUGAUAAAAAUAAUAGUCAUAUGCAUAAAGAAUUUAUAGAAAUCGAAAAAAGAGAUGAAAACCAAAAUAAUAUAUUAAUUUCAAAUCCCAUUAAUAGUCAGAUGAAUUAUGAAUAUGCAAUACAUAAUAGUAAGAGUGAUAUAUUUUAUAUAUUCGAUGAUAUAGUAUAUGAUGUAACAGAGACGGUUGAUAUGGAUUAUUAUUUUAAAGGAGAUAUGGCUUAUGCUAAUUUUAUUAAGAACAAAAUUAAAUGGGAUGAUUAUAAUAAGGAAGAUGAUUAUAUAUCAUAUGAUGAGAUAAGUACCAAUGAAGAGGAUCAAAAAAAAAAAAAAAAAGAACAAAUUGAUAAUAAUAAUAAUAAUAAUAUUAAUAAUAAUAGUAAUAAUAUGUUUUGUAAUAAUAAUUAUUAUAAUAAUAUUUAUAAUAAUGAUCAUUUAUAUUAUAAUAGAAAUGUUAUACAAUUUGAUAAUCAUAUGGAUGAAAUAGUACUUUCCGAAUUAAUAAACAAUAAAGAUGUUGAUAGAUUAAAUGGAGAUUCAUCAAAUUUAGGACAAUAUAAUAUGAAUAAUGUCAAAAAUAAAAAUAAUAAUAAUAAAAGAAAAAAGAAUGAUAAAAAUGAAAAGACAGAUAAAAUAGAACAAUUUUUACAUGAAUCAGAAUUAGAAAAAGAUAUUAUGAAUAUAACAUUUAAUGAAAAAGAAUUUUUAGGAAAAGAUUUAUCAUUUAAUUUUUAUUUCCGUUCUAUAAUGUAUUAUAACAAAGAUAUAAUAGCUAGUAAUAAUUUGGAAUGUUUAAUGAAAGAUAAAAACUUUAUUGGAGGAAAUGUAGGGAAGAAAUAUUUUUUUAUAUCUUUAUUAUUUAAUAUAGACUAUUAUAAUGUAAGAGGUAUGAAUAUAGGAAAUAAAGUAAUAUCAAAUAGGACUAUGUUUAUAAAUAAAAUAUUGAGAGAUAAUAAAGGAAAGGUUUUAAAUUUAAAGGUAUUCCAUAUAUAUAAUAUUUUUUCAAAAAUUAUUGAAUUAUACUAUGAGAGGAAAAGAAAGGGUAAUAAUAUAAUGUCACUAAAAAAUAACAAAACAGCAUCAACAAAUGGGAACAACAACAAUAAUAAUAAUAAUAAUAAUAGUAAUAAUAAUAAUAAUAUGAGUGGUAAUAAUACGAACAAUCUGUUUGAUUAUAAAACAGAUGAAGAUUUUUAUUAUAAAGUAAAAAUGAACCCAUCUUAUUUCUUCUUAUUAUAUGCUAUAAAAAAAGAUUAUGAUAAACGAAAUAAAAAUAAAUUAAUAUUUAUGAAUGUAAAUUCUGAUUUAGAAGCAUAUAUUGAAGAUAAAAAAGAUAAUAAUUUAUAUAAUAGAUUUGAUUUGAAUAUAUUAUUAGUACCUGUUUCUUCUCAAAUUGUUUUAAGUAAAUUUAAUGGAAAUUUAAAUAUGUUUAAUGAUAAUGAUUAUCCAUUAAUUACAUUUAAAUAUUUAACAAGUACAUAUGAACUUAUAUGUAUAGGAAUUAUUUUAUGUUCAUCAAAAUUAUUAUUACAAGAUUAUAUUUUGAAUUGGUUUUUUCCAAAAUUAAAAGAAAGAAGAUUAAUAAAAGAAGAUAUAGAUUUAAAAAUAGAUGAUAUUUAUGUAUAUGAAGAAUCAGAAUUAUAUUGUUUAGAAAAAAUACGUAAGGUUUCUUGUAAUAUAAAAAAAUUAUUAAAAAAAUAUAGUAAUACUAUAGUAAUUCAAUUAAAAAAAAAUAAUAUGAAUAAUAGUAGUCAUAUAGAUAAAAUCAAUUUAAAAUGUAUAGAAUAUAGUAAAUUAAGUAAAAACAAUUUCUGUUCAAAAUGUAGAAAUAAUUAUAUAUGUAUAUGUGAUAAAAUCAACAGAGAACAAUUAAGAAAAAAAGUCAGCCUCAUCAAACAAGAAGAGCAAUUAUAUAGAUAUUUCAAAAUAUACAACAACAAUAUGAAUAUUAAUAACAACAAUAAUAAUAAUAAUAAUAACAAUAAUAAUAAUAAUAGUAGUAAUAGUGAUUUAUUAAAUAUAAUACCUGAUGAUAAAGAAGCCAAAAAAAUCUUAGUACUUAUGGAAAAAAUGAAAGAUUUAAAAAAAGCUCAAAAUAUCAAAGUACAAGAAAAAAAAAUUAAUAAAAAUAUAAAUACAACUAAUACACAAAAUAUAGAAAAUGAUAUAAAUAAAAAAUUAGAAUCAAAAAAAGAUAAAGAAAAACUUCUCUUUAAUAUAUAUGAAACUCCAAAUUUUCUACAAGAAUUAGAAGCAAUUGAAAAUUCAUGUCGUUCAUCUAAUAGUUCCAUGUUAUCUUUAUCGAGUGAUAAUAUCUCAAGUUAUUCAUCAGAUGAUAAUUUAUUUGUUGAUGAAAUUGAUAGUGGCACAUAUACAUUUAAUAAUAUUGUAAUACCGAAUAUGGUUACUGUUAAAGAUGAGGAAAAUGAAACACAAGAAAAAACGAAUUCAUCAGAUUUAAAGAAAAGUCAAAAAGUAAGUAUUAUUAAAAAAGGUGAUGAUAUAAAAAAUGAUAUGGAAGAAAUUAUGUUAAAAGAAUUUCAUAAACUUAGCAGACAACGAAUAUCAAAUAUUUAUAAUUUACAACAAUCCGUUCAAUUGUCACAAGAAAAUGUGAAUAAUAAUAAUAUGGUGCUUAAUUUUAUAAAAGCCCAGGAAAAUAUGAAAAAUAAAAAUAUGUUAAAAGAUGCAAAAAAAGAUUCCAAGAAAAUACCAGUGGAUGUAUUAAAGGACAAAAAAGAAAAAAAAAAUAACAAAGAAAAAGAAGAACAUAAGCCAAAGGAUGAUAAAAAAAUUAAGGAUAAUAAAAACGAAAAAGAAGACAACAAAUUAGAUAAUCACAACAUUGAAAAGACAAAAAAUGAUAAAGAAGAACCUAUCCAAAUUUAUGAAAAUACAAAACAAAGUAAUCUAAAAAUUAUUUCAUUAACUAAAUCACAAACAUCUCUUACUGAUAAAACAAAAACAAAUGUAGAUGAUGAAAAACAAAUUGUCGUUAAUAAUAUUCAACCAAAAAUAGAAAACAAAAAAACUGAACCUGCUAUUGAUGUAAAAGGAAAAGAACAGAAGUCAAAAUUGUCAUCAAAGGAUAAGAGUGUAGUAGCACCUGAGGUAAAAAAAGAAGUAAUUAAUAAUUCGAUCAUUAUGAACAAUGAUGGAUUAAGUAAUGACAAUAAGAAUAAGGAGAAUAAAACUAAAUCAUCUGAAAAGAGUAAGGCGAAGGAUAAGUCGACUGAAUCAUGCAGCAACAAUAAUAAGGAUAACAAUAAUAAUAAUAAUAAUAAUAAUAAUAAUAAUAAUAAUAACAAUAAUAGUAACAAUAAUAGUAACAAUAAUAAUAAUAACCUAAGUAAUACUAAGGAGGAAAAUCCUAAUGAUAGUGACAGCGAUAAAGAGAAAAAGAAGAAAAAUAAAAAAAAAGACAACAAAAAUGUAAAUGAAGAUAGUGAUGAUAAUAACAAAAAUAAGAAGAAACUAAACAACAAUAUUAAAAACUCUGAUGAUAUUAUAAAUAAUUAUUUUUCUAAAAAUGUUAUUGAAUAUAUUGAAAAAAAUGAUAAACUAGAAAAUAUUGCAACAUAUAUAUAUAACGAAUUAAUAGAAAUAACCAAAAAGAAAAUUAAAAAAAAUGUUAUACGUUUAGAUAAUUUAUCAGCAGAUAAUUAUUUAACUAUAGGAGAAGAAUUCUUAAAUGUUAUGAAAGAAAUAUUAUUAAAAAUAUAUUAUAAAUAUAAUGAAGAUGAUUACAGAAAGCAUUAUUUAAAGAUGAAUAAUAAUAAUAAUAAUAAUAAUAAUGAUGAUGAUGGUGAUGAAAAUUAUAAUAAUAAUAGUAAUAAUAAAAUAUCUUUAAAAAAGAAAUCAGAAACAGGCACAUCAAACAAAAAUGUAGAUAGUAAUAAUUAUCUAGAUGGAAGAUUAGAAAAUGAAUAUAAAGAUGAAGAAACAUAUAUGAAUAAAUUAAAUUUAUGUGAUGAUGAACAUGUAAUAAAAUUUUUAAAUAUUAUAAAAAGAAAACUUAUAUAUAAAAUAUUAUUCCCAGAUAUUCAAAUUGAUACUAAAAGUAAAGGAAGAAAUAAAAAGAACGUGAAAAAGAAAAAACAAGUAGAUAUAAAAUAUGUAUAUGAUAUAUUUAAGAGGGAAUAUAUUUUUUAUGAUAAAGUAUUAAUUAUGAUUCAACAUAUAUUAGAUAUAAAUAUAAGAACAAAUAUAUUUUUAUUUGUAUAUUUAUUUGCUGGUAAAUUUAUAUCAUUUGUUGAUUUUGAUUAUAUAUUAAAUAAUACAAUUUUUUAUAAUGAUUAUGUAUAUUAUAAUAAGGUUGCUUUUGAAGAUACUUUUUUUCAAGAACAACAAUCAUUAGAAGAAUGUAAUAAUAAAAAAUAUUAUAAUAUGAAUGGUUCUAUAAAUAAUAUAUUAACAGAUACAAAAAAUAUUCCUUCUCCGUCUUAUAAUAAUGUUGGCAAAGGUGAUAUAAAAGUUUUACGUACAUCCUCUGAACAGUUACUAAAUAGUUUAAACAAUGAAGGAAGUAAUAACAAAUUGAAAGAUGAUGAUGUGAUGAUUAUUGAAGAGAAUAAUAUGAAUGAAGAUAUUGAAAAGAAAAAGAAAAAGAAAAGUAUAGAAGAAGAAGGUUCUGGUGAUGAUGUUUUAAUAAAUAUAAAUAUAAGCAAAAUAAUAUAUAUAUUAAUUUUAAUUAGUAAUAAAAGAAUAAUGAAAGAAUUAAUUGAAGAAAAAUAUCGUGAAGAAAUAAAUGAAUAUUAUUAUUUUGAAAUGAAUAAAAAAUAUUAUGAUAUUUUAUGUAAUGAAUAUAAUAAGAUAUUAAAUGAAAAUUAUGCUAAAGAUCUAAGUGAAAAUUAUAUAAAAGAUGAAUUAUUUUUUGAAAGUUUAAAUGUUAAAGAAUUAUUAAAUAAUAAAGAAUAUAUAUCUACAUUAAGAGAUACAAAUAAAUAUAUAAAAGAUGAAAAUAAAAAAUUAAACAAAACACAUUUAGAUGACAAUGAAUUUAUUAUAAGUGAAAAUGAAAUUUUGAAUGAAAAAAAUAUAAAUAAAUAUAUUAAUAUACAUAAUAUUAUUAAAUUCAAAUUAAAUUUUAAAAUAGCUAUUAAAAAAAUUAAUAUAUUACAAGAUAAAAUAUUUAUUAAUAAUAAUGAUAAUAUAACAUCAGGUACUUCAUUUUAUUCUUUAAUAUUUAAAUAUAAUAGUAAUCUAAUUAAUACUCUACAUACAGAUGUUAUGAAAACAACACACAAUAAUAAUAUGUCAAUUCCUUAUAUUACUAAUUAUAAUAAUUAUUUACAAGUUAGUAAAAAAGAUAUAGAUAAACUGAAAGGAAUUUAUAAUAAAUAUGUUCUAUUGAAUAAUAACAAACCAAAUAAUAUAUUGAAAGAUAUGUAUAUAUUAAACUCAGAAAUUAAUACACUAUUAGAAAUUAUAUACAACGACAUUAAUUAUAAUAAUGUGAUGAAUAGUACUUAUAAUAAUAUGUUAGGUGAUGCAAAUAUAUCAUUACAAACUGGAGGAUAUCUAAGAGCAGGUAGUAAUAAUUUAAAUAAUAAUAACAUGAAUAAUCAAGGAAAUAAUAUAAGUGUGAAACGUGUUUUAACAAAUAAUCUUAAUAUGAAUAAUAUGAAUAGUAUAAAUAAUAUAAAUAAUAUUAACAAUAAUAAUAAUAAUAAUAUAUAUAUAAAUGAAGGUGGUACCAUAAAUAUUAAAGAUUUAAAAUUAAAUCUAUCAAAAGUAAUUGGAACGAAUUCAGAUAUUCAAAAUGAAUUAAAUAAUAAUACUAUUAAUGAUAAAAAAAGUAUAUUAAAAAAUUCAGGAACGUAUUCAUCUAUAUAUGAUAAUAAUACACCUACAAGUGCUAAUAAAAAUAAUAAUAAUUUAAAAACAAGUAUAGGAUUAAAUUCACCCACUUCAAAUAGAAAUAAAAAAAGUGUUACAACUUUAGAUUCAAAAUUAACAUUAUCAGCAUCUUAUAAUUCAAAUGAAAUAAAUAAUAUGAAUGAAGAUUCUAAAUUAAGAAGAUUAAGUGAUCAACCUUUAAGUGGAAAAAGUUCAAAGGUUGUAACUCCCACAGGAAAUAAUAAUAAUAAUAAUAAUAAUAGUACUAUGACAAAUAAUAUGAUUAAUAAUACAAAUAAUAUUAUUAAUAAUAAUGGUAGUACUACUGCUACUAACAAAUAUAUUAAAAAGAGCAAAUUCAAAAGAGUAUAUAAUAAAGAUAUUCCAUAUAUAUGUAAUGAAGGAAAAACUUGGAUGGUUAUUUAUAAACCUGCAUAUUAUCAUUGUUCAGCUUAUACUUCUCAUAAUAGAUAUAAUUUCUUAGUAAAUAUUAAUAAAUAUAGUGAUUAUUUUUAUAAUAUUCUAGAAAAGAUAUGUAUGAAAUGUAAAAUAAAAACAAAGUUUAUGUGUAUUCCAUGUAAAGAUAUGGAAAAUAUUUGUAGUAAGUGUGAAAAUAUUGUCUCAAAAUUUUGUAAGAAAUGUAAUCUUUUAAUAAAAAAAAAUAGAGAUGUAUUAAAGAUUAUUAAUAGUAUAUCUUUAAAUGAUGUAGUUUUUAGUGGUCGAGUUGAAUCAUUUCAUUUAUUUAUGAUGAAAUCAUUUCCUCAUUUAGAAACUGUAAAAAAAUGGCAUAAAUUAGAAUGUGGUCUAUGUCAUAGAAUCGAUUUAGAAACAUCAGGAAGUUUAAUAAUAGCUAAAACUAAAGAAGCCAGAGAAUUUUUAUUUGAUCAAUUUCGUAAAAGAAAUGUAUAUAAAGAAUAUAUUUUAUUAUGUCAUGGUAGGAUUAAAAAGAAAAAAGGAUUUAUUAAUAAAUCGAUACAAACUCAUGAAUAUAAUAAUUUUCAUAGUAAGAGCCAUUUUAGUUUAGUUGUGAAAACAGGAGGUACAGAUGCAUAUACUGAAUAUAAUUGUGUUAAGGUUUAUAAAUUAAAAAGAAAAAUUGAAGAUAUUAUUCAAGAAGUACAAGAUGGAAAAUAUAAUUGUAAUAGUACUGUUAAAAAAGAUAUUAAUAAAGAAAUAUAUUGUAAUGAUUAUUAUAAAUUUUUAAAUAAUAACAAGAAAAAUGUAAAUAUAAUACAACGUUAUGUAAUAAUAACAAGUAAUAUUUUAUCAAAUCAUGAUAAUAUAUGUUCAAAAAAUGAUUCUUCAAUAAAUUAUAUGACACAACAAGAAGAUUAUUCUUCAUUUGUUCAAAGAAAAAAUUCUCAUAUUAUAACAAACUAUUUUUCAGAUUCACAAAUAUUAGAAGAUAAGAAAAAAAUUAAAAAAAAAAUAAGUACUCAUAAUAAUAAAACAUCAAAUAUAAAAGGAAUUCCUCAUAUCUUGCAUGACGAUACACAUUAUAAUAUAAAUGGUAAUAUUACUUGGAGAGGUAGUUAUAUAAACAAAAAUGAUUUUACAAAUAGUAUUAUUAAUAAUAAUAAUAUGAAUAAUAAUGGUUUGAAUAUAUAUACUUCAGGAGCACCAUCUAUUAAAAAAGAUGUUUGUCAUCAUUUAUGCUUUAGAUGUAAUUCUAUAUCAGAGGAUUAUUUCUUAACAGAUCCAAAAGAAAUUGAGAAUUAUACAAAAGAAUUUACCUUAUGUAAUGUAAAAAUACAUACAGGUAGAACACAUCAAAUUAGGGUUCAUAUGAGACAUAUUGGUCAUCCAUUAGUUUCUGAUAAAAAAUAUUUGAAUCCAUCUUUAAGUAAUUUAGAUAAAUUUUGGUGUUUCCGUAUGUUUCUUCAUUCACUUAUAUUAGAAUUUAAUAAUCCAGAUUAUUAUUUCUUUAAUUUAAAUGAUGAUAUGAAAAAAAAAAAAAAAAUUUAUUCAAAUAAUUUAUAUAGAAUACCUGAUAGAACAGUUAAGGCAAUAUGUCCAUUAGCUGGUGAUUUACAAACAGUUCUUGAUAAUGAAUUAGAGGUAUCUGAAAGUUUAGAGGAUGAAAAUAGUUAUAUUAAUAGAAUACUUAAAAUGAAUAUUAAUGACAAAAGAAAUGAAGCUAUGAAAAAUGCAAGACCAAUUAUUGAAGAUGAUAAAUUUACCAAACAUGCAAGUAUGGAUAGUAGUAAGAUCAUACAUUCAGCUCGUGAAGAAACUAAUGAUAAAGAAAAAAUAUCAACACAAUUUAAAGAUAUAGAAGUAGGAAAGAAAUUAACUACAAAGGAUGAAAUAUUACAUUCAAAGAAAAAUCAGGUUAUUCAACAUGCUGAUGAAGAAGAAGAUGAUGAAGAAGAAGAAGAUGAUGAAGAAGAGGAAGACGAUGAAGAAGAAGAGGAAGAUGAUGAAGAUGUAGAACAUAAUUAUGUUGAUGAUGAUCAAUAUGAAGAUAAUUAUGAUGAUGAGGAGGAGGAAUAUGAUCAUGAUUAUGAUGAAUAUGCUGAUAUUUAUGAUGAACAUAUAAAUGAAGAACAACAACAACAAGACGAAGAAGAUGAUGAGGAGGAGGAAGAUAAAAGAAAUAAUAUGAAUAUUAAUGAUUAUUAUGAUUAUGAAGAAAAAAACGAAGAAGAAGGGGAAGGAAAUAUAAAUACAAAUAUAAAGAAAAAUAAAAAAUCCACACAAAAUAAUAUUAACCCUGUUGAAGAAAAAGUAAAAUCUAUAGAUAUAAAUAGAGAAGAAGAUUUUCCAGAUUUAUUAUCAAAUAAUAAAAAGAAAAGUCAAAAAGAUAAAAUUAAUGCUUCAAAAAAUAAAAAUAAGAAUAAAGAAGACGUUUUAAAAAAACAUGAAAAUAAUAUAAAUGAUGAAAUGAAAAAAAAAAGUUCUAAUACUAUUAUUACAAAAAAUAAUAAAGAACAAAAUGAACAUAUAGAGAAUAAGACUUUAUUAAAUGGUUCUUUAGAUGAAUAUAAUAAUUUUAAACAAAAUAAUUUAUUAUCAAAAGAAAGUGUAAAUAUAAAUAAUGAUAAACGUAUUGAAAAGAUAAAAAUAAAUGAUACUACUACUAUUACUACUACUGUAGAAAUGCCUAAUGAUGAACAAAUGAAAAAUAUAUUAUUAAAAAAAACAACAAAUAAAAUUUUACGUAAAUUAAAUUAUGAUGAUUUUUUUACAAAUAAAAAGAAAAAGGAUAUGAAUAAAAAAAAAGAAAAUAAAACAAAAGAUGUAAAUGGAGAUGUAAAUGGAGAUUUAAAUGGAGAUUUAAAUGGAGAUAUAAAAGGAGAUGUAAAAGGAGAUGUAAAAGAAGAUGUAAAAGAAGAUGUAAAAGAAGAUAUAAAAGAAACACAAGAUGAAGAAGAUAAUUAUCUCGAUUUAAUAGAUAAUGAAAUAAAAAAAAGAUUAAGAACCAAUUUCAAUUUAUUAAUAAGAGAAGCAAAAAUUGUUAUUAAUAAUAUUAUAAGGAAUAGUUUUGUUUUCAAAAUUUUAUUUUAUUUAUUUAAAUUAAAAAGAACAUUAUUAUAUUUAUUAAAAUGUUUUGGCAUAGAACAAAUUAAAAAGGAAAAAAAAGUAUAUGUUGAAAUGAAUAUAUUAGAUGAAUUUGUAAACAAUAUGAAUGAAAAUAAAGAAAAAAUACCUAUAGAUUUUUUAUAUGAAUUAAUACAUAGUAUAACAUAUUUUUAUAAAAAUAUGCAUGUAAAAAAAACCAGAAAAAACAAAGAAAUUAUUAUAUAUACAUUAAAAAAACAUUUAAAAAAUAUUAAAAGUAAUUCAAAUAUUUCAAGAACAAAAAAAAGUUUGAUUUUUCAACGAUUUUAUAAUAUUUUAUUUAAUUUGAAUUAUGCUUUAAAUAAAUAUGGUUUAAGAACAAAUGAAAAUUUAAAAAAUCAAAUAAUGAAGAAAAGUAAAAAUGUAUAUUUAAAAAUUACAAAUGUUUUUACUAUCAUAAUGAACAUAUUAAAUUCGAAAGUUUAUAUGAAAGAUAUACAUAUUAAAAAUAUUGUGCAAAAUAAAACGGUGUUUUCUUUAAAUACUAUAGAACAGUUUUUAUUACUACACAAAAUAAAUAAUGAAAAAGGAGAAAAAGUCAUAAAUAAUGAUAAGGAGAAGAAGAAACAAAUGAAUGUAAAUAACUCGCAAGGAUAUGAUAAAGAAAAUGAAGAAAAAAAAGACGAUGAAGAAAAAAAAGAAGAUGAAGAAAAAAAAGACGAUGAAGAAAAAAAAGACGAUGAAGAAAAAAAAGAAGAUGAAGAAAAAAAAGAAGAAGAAGAAAAAAAAGAAGAAGAAGAAGAAGAAUGUAAUUAUUUAAUUGAACAAAUUAAUAAAAUAUUUUUUAAGGUAGAUAAAAAUAAUGAACAUAUGUUAAAUGGAGUACUCUUUGAAAGUGAUGAUGAUAAUGAUGAUUAUUUGGAUGAAGAAGGAAAAGUUUAUAAGAAAAAAAUGAAAAGUAAAAAAUCAUUAAAUGGUAAGAAAUAUGAAAAGGAUUAUGAUGAUGAAGAUGAUGAAGAUGACGACGAUGAUGAUGAUGAAGAUGAUGACGAUGAUGACGAUGAUGAUGACGAUGACGACGAUGAUGACGAUGAUGACGAUGAAGAUUAUGAUGAUAAACAUGUAGAGAAUAAAAAGAAUGAACGUUCAAAUAUUAUAAUGUCUAAAGAAAAUAUGAACAAAUUAAAUAUUCAACAUAAAAAUAUAAAUAAUCGUAGUAGUAGUAGUAAUAUUGUAGAUAUGAAGAAAAGAGUAUAUGAAAAGGAUUGUAUAAAAGAAAAGGAAUAUCGUACGCAUGAUCUGAUAACAAACGAUUCUAUUAAUUAUAAGAAUAACGAACUAUAUGAUAAAGAAAAAUAUCGUAGAAAUCAAGAAAAUCCAAAUUUUAUGUCAUCUAAUUAUAUGGAUAAAAAUAUAAAUCUCCAUCAUGAACAUGAUUAUAUGAAGAAAAAGAAUUAUAGUAAUAGCAUAUUCAAUAAUAAUAGUAGUAAUAAAGUAUCUAUAGAUGAAGAGAAGAGAAAAAAUUUAGAGGGAAAUACAUAUGCUUAUCCUAUGUAUGAAAAUGUAAAAGAAAUGGAAAAAAUUAAAUUACAACUAAAUUUUAAAGAAAAUAACAAUAAUAAUAAUAUUAAUAAAAAUGAUACUAUGAAUAAUCAUUCAAUGUAUGAUUAUAAUAUGAAUAAUUCAAAUUAUGGUAGUAAAAUGGGAAGUAGUAAUAUAAAUGAUUCGACAAAUUAUUACAAUAUGAGAGAAAAGAAUAUAUAUAAUAUAUUAUAUAAUAAUGAUAAUAAUAAUAAUAAUUAUGUUUUAUUUAAUAAUAAGAUUAGUAAUUCAAUAUUGAGUAAUAUGAUAAUGAAUAAACAAGACAACAACAACAACAAUAAUAACAACAAUAAUAACAAUAACAAUAAUAGUAACAAUAAUAAUAAUAUAAAUAUGAGUCAACAUAAUAAUAAUAUGAAUGAAGGAGGAAACGAAACUUUAUAUAGCAGCUUUACUAAAGAAAUUGAAAAUUUAAAAAAGGAAGUUAAGAAAUGUGAAGAGAAUUAUGAUAAAGAAAUGUUAGAAAUUCAGAAUACAAAGAAAGAAAUAAAUUAUUUAAGAGAAAAUAAUAAAAAUGAUGAAUUAAAUAAUAUAUUUUCAGAAUUAAAUUUAGAGAAUAUAUCAAAAUAUUUAUUAAGUGCAUAUGAGAAAUAUGGUUUGAAUGUAUUUAUAAAAGUUUUAGUUUAUAAAAAUGAUUUAGGACAUAUAAAUGAUCAUAAUAAAAAACAGGAUGAUGUUAAUUUGGAAUUUUUUAUUAAUAUAUCAGUUGAUAAAAUAUUUGAUUAUUUAUUAUUAAAAAAAAAUAUGAUAACUAUUGUUAAUAUUAAAAAAUUAAAAGAAAAAUUUAUACAAGGUCAAAAAGUAUAUGAAUUAGUAAAAAAUGAAACACAUAAAAUGAUUAUAGAAAAUAUCAAAGAAUAUAAUUUUAUUUUUAUAUUAUGGAAGCAUAAUAAUAUGAAUGAUUUAUAUGAAAGGAAACAAGUUAUAUUUAAUUUCUUAAUAAAAAUUAUUGAUAAAAUUAUACCCAAAUAUAUUAUUAAUGAAUAUAUUUUAAUACGUAAAAAUGAAAUAUAUGAAAUUAUGAUAAAUUCUUUAAAUAAAAAAAAUAAAGAUAUUUCCUCCUCAAUAUAUUUAGAAAAAGAAAAUAAUUUUAAUAAUUUAUAUAAAAAAAUUAAAGAUGAAAAAAGGGUAGUAGAUAAUUAUUCUGUUGAAAUACAUGGAGAAAAAAAUAUCACGAACCCAACAUAUAUGUCACAAAGAGAAGAUAAUAGCACUACUGCAAAUAAUAAAAGAAAUUGUAGUAAUAGUAAUCAUAUCAUGAGCAUCAACCACACCAACACCAACACCAACAACAACAAUAAUAAUAAUAAUUAUGCUGUGAAUCAUAAUGCUCAUUCUACUAGUUUCUAUUAUGCACAUAAUGAAAAAAAAAAUAAUAUAAACACAGAUAAUCAAAAAGAAAUAAAGGAUGAUAAUGUUCACAUGAAAUUUCAAUCACUUCCAGAAAACAUAAGGAUUGGUGUUUUUAAAAAUGAUGUAAAUAAAUUUUAUGAAAUAUAUAAAAUGAUGAACACAGGAAAUAAUUUAAAUAAUUUGAUGUGUAGAAAUUCUGGGAUUAUCAAAAAUAAAGUAAACAACGAAUCUUAUUCUAAUAAUUAUAAGAGAAAUACUUUUUGUGCGAAUGAUAUAAAUUUUGCCUCAUCCACACAACAAGCAGUUUUAAACAAAAAUAUUAUAAAUAGUAUGAAUAAUAAUAUGAUGAACAACAAUAAUAUGUUGAACAACAAUAUGAUGAACAACAAUAUGAUGAACAACAAUAUGAUGAACAACAAUAUGAUGAACCACAAUAUGAUGAACCACAAUAUGUUGAACCACAAUAUGUUAAACAACAAAAUGAAUAGUAGCAAUGUUCAUAUAGAUACAGAUAAAACAAGAAGCAUGCAAAAUUUACAAGAAAAAGAUCAAUUUUUAAAUCUUCAAAAAAAUGUCUCCCAUAUUUAUUUAAGAAAUACAAAAGAUUCUAAAAACAGUGAUGUAUUUGCAUUUAAGAAUAAUGGUAGAUCCACAUCACAACAUAUAACAUUAAAUGAAGGAAAAGAAAAUAUUAUUGAUAUGAAAAAGAAAAUUGAACGAGAAGAAGAUAAAAACAAAAAAAUAAAUAACAAUAAUAUGAAGGAUGAGGAACUAAUAAAAUCGGAUAUAAAUAUUAUUACAAAUGAUUAUGAAGAAAAAGAAAAAAGAUCUUCUUCACAAAAUAAAAUGAACUAUUUUGAUAAUAUUAUUAACAAUUCUUAUAUUAAUAAUAAAAUGAAUAAUUUAAUGAUGGAAAAAAAAGAAGAAUUAAAUAAUGAUAUGAUAAAUGUAUUCACUGAUAAAAGAGAAAUAAAUAUACACACAGAAAAAGUUACAGAACAAUCUAUACAACUACCAUAUGAAGUAAAAGAAACAAAAAAUAACAAAGGUGUUAAUAUGUAUUAUGAUAAUGAUAAGGAUAUAAAUAAUAAUAUUAGAAGUGCAAGUGGAAAUAAUAGACAUAAUCAUAUAGAAAGAGAUAAAAAUAAUACAAAUAAUAUAAAUAAUAAUAUCCAAACAAAUAAUAAAACAUCAAAUAAUUUUGUUAGAAGUUUUAAAAAUACCAUUUCUGAAAUGUUUUAUAAAAAAAAAUUAAAUAAAAAUAUAGAAAUGAAAGAUGAAGCCAAUCAAAAUAAUGAUACGAUCACAUAUAAUAAUUUAGAAGAUCUAUCAAAGACAGUUAAUGAAUAUAAUGAAAAUAAAAAUUAUAAUCAGAACAUUAUUAAUAAUAAUACGUUGAAAUCUAAUCAUAUCGAUAAUGAAGAAAACAAAAAAAUGGAAAUAUCACAUAAUAAUAAUAAUAAGAGUGAGCGUAAAGAUUUGUUGAAUAAUCCUAUGAGUAUAAAUUUACAAAAUACAAAACGACCUCAUGAUUUUCUAAUCAAUAAUAAUAUUUCCUUACCAAAUUUUAUGGAUGAAAAUACAUGUUCGAAUUUAAAAGAAAAACAAUAUGAAAACUUUGAGAAGAACCAAAUGGAUAUGACUAAUCCAAAUAUGAUGAUGUUUAAUAUGAUGUCUGGUAAUAAUAUAGAUGGUAUUAUUCCUAAUUAUAUAGAAGAAAAACAUAAUAAAAAUAUGAACAAUAAAAAUAUGAACAAUAAAAAUAGUGUUAGUCUAAGUAAUAGUAUUAUAAAUAACGCAAGUAUAAAUAAUAGUCGAAUGCAUACAAACAGUAUAAAUAAUAAUAGCAAUAGUUGUGUUCCUAAUAUAAAAUAUCCGAACUUUUUUAUUAAUAAAAAUAAUAUUCCAUAUACAAAUGAAAAUAAUAAAAGUUUAAGUGAAUCAAACCUAAUGAAUUUAGUAUGUGAAUUAAAUAAUAUAGAAAAAGGAGAAACUAAUGUAUCUAUGGAAAAUAAUUUGAAUAAUAAUAAACGUAGUGUCUUAUCACAAAGGAAUAUAUUAAAUAUGGAUAAUAUAAAAGGCAACGAGAAAAAUAUGAGAAAUGAUCUUCAGCAUAAUAUAAAUAAUAAUAUUUAUCUUUCAAAUAAUUUAAGUGACAAUAAAGUAAUAAAUCAAAUGUUUUUAAAAAAAUAUUACAAUUCAAAUUUUGCACAUUAUGAUAAGGAGGGAAAUGAAGAAAAAAAUAAAUUGCCAUCCCUUCCACGGAAUGACACAACAAUGAACAUCAACAGUAACAGCAACAUCAACAGUAACAACAACAUCAACAGUAACAAUAAUAAUAAUAAUAAUAGUAGUAGUAAUAAUAAUAUUCAUAUGUUUUAUAAUUUUAAUGGUAAUACACCAUCCGAUAUUAAUAAUUCAUUUGGUCAACAAAAAAAAAUUAUGAGCAGCAGUAUUAUUAUGAAUAACAAAGAUAACAAUAAUUUAUAUUUUUUAAAUAACACAUAUGAUAUAAAGGGGCCACACACUACUAGUAAUAUAAUAAAUAACAAUAUGAAUAGAAAUAAUAGUAAUAGUGUGAACUCAAAUUAUUUAAAUAAAACAUUUAGUACUAUGGACCUUAGAAAAAAUAUGAACGAAUAUGAAGAGAAACAAAAAAUUCUUAUCAAUCGAAUAAAACAACAAAAUGAUAUAGAACAAAAUAUAUACAACCUUAGUAAUAGAACGAAUGACAAUAAAAAACAAAAUCUAAUUAAUACAAAUGCUAAUACAAAAAAUAGUAGUAAUAUAAGAAGUAGUAGCAAUAUAAGAAGUAGUAGUAAUAUAAGUACAAAUAAUAAUAUAUUGUAUCAAUUAAUAGAUGAAAACAUUUUAAAAAAUACAUUAUCAAAUAAUACUACAUUUAAUGAAAUAAAAAAUAACACUCAAAAAAAUAAUAUGGAUUUCGGUUUAAAUCAAUUAUCUAUGUACAUGCAAAAUAAUGUUACUUCAAAUAUUAAAAAUAAUAAUAUGACAAAUGAAACCCAUAAUAAUAAUGACAACAUGAAGAGUAACAAUAAUAAUAAUAAUAAUAAUAGUGGAUAUCCAUUAAAUUAUCUUAUUUUUCAACAAAAUCAAAACCAUUUAGAUACAAAUAAUAACAACAAUAAUAACAAUAACAAUAAUAAUAAUAAUAAUAAUAAUAGUAAUAAUAAUAUAUAUACAAAAUAA